UGAUGAUACAGGAAGGGAAGACAAACACUUGAACGGCACAUUUGCUAAUGAGCAGCAAGAGGGUUUUUAAAAGUGUUCUGGUUUCUUAGAGAAAAUGGCAUUCUCGCUGGUUAUCUUGUUGAGUUUCUGGGGAGCUGUUGCCAGCAAUGUUUUUGACGACCUGACACUGGAGGCAGAUAAGCCAUUGGAGCGCGUGGCUUUCUCAGAAGAAGCCACCGUCCGCUGCUGCUACCAGUGGGAUAGACCUCACAAUUUCACCUGGAUUGUGAAUAUUCACAACACCAAUGGUAUCAUAAGGCCUGUCUUAGAAAAUCUGCUCAACAAGUCAGACACAGGGACAAAUGGAGCCACAUGCCAUUCGUUAGUUUUCAAGAGUGUCCGUAUCAAUGACACCGGCUUGUACCAGUGUAAACUGCAUUCUAACUCUUUUCACAUCUAUACCCAUGGUACCUUUCUUCAAGUCUACAAACCUUUGGAGAAGACCUUGAACCUCAGCGAGCGUGUAAAGAACAGCAUCAUUACAGCAGAAGGAGUGUUGCUGCUGAUGUGUGUGUUGAUCCCUGGCACCGCGAUGCUCUGUAAGACAAAGAAGCUGAAGGAACUUGAGAAGAAGAAAGGAAGAGAGGAGGAGAACAUCUAUGAGGGUCUAAACCUGGAUGACUGCAACUCAGCUUACCAUCAAAUUCAACGCACCAGUCAACAAGGCCCCUAUCAGGAUGUGGCCAACUGUACAGAAGACAUUCAGCUGGAGAAGCCGUAGAGGAACAGGAAAAGGAAUGCGGGAAAAAAAAUGUCAAGGGAAAAGUGAACUCUGUUACUUGUGCUAAAAUGUAAAGUCGUGAUUACAUGAGCCUGCUUUCAGUAUGUCUUUGCAUCUCUUUGCUAGUUUGAAGAUAAGCUUGUUUGUGUUUUGCAUUGGUGAAUCAAACAUGUCUGCUAAUGGUUUGAAUGAAUUGUGUAAAACGUGUGACAUUUUAAGUCUGUCCUGAGGAAUGUUCCAAAUAAAUAAAUCCACUGGAUACUCAAAGUCGA